UACCACCGCAACAAAAAAGAAUAAACUAAGCUUUAUCUUCUCUUUGACAUGGACGACUCAGCCCCUUUUCUCUCCGAACCUCCACAGCUCGAGAAACACAUUCCUUCCCUCGAUUCAACGAUCGAAAAAUGCAUCGGAGACUUCAGCUGGUUCCAAUUCCUCCAAGCCAUGCUCGUCUCCUUCGCUUGGUUCUUUGACGCUCAACAAACUUUCAUCUCUGUCUUCACUGACGCCGAGCCCAAAUCAUGGCACUGUAAAACUACUACUGAGUCUUGUAACUCUUCGGAUUCCGAUAUCUGCCUAAUGCCGAGGGACUCAUGGGACUGGGAUUCUCCAAAGCAGACAUCAACCAUUUCUGAUUUUUCCCUCGAGUGCUCCGGCUCACUCGUCACUGGCCUUCCGGCCUCGGCCUUCUUCAUUGGAUGUCUUACCGGAGGCCUUCUCCUCGCCACGCUUGCCGAUUCCUCUCUCGGCAGAAAGACAAUGCUCCUCCUCUCCUGCCUCGUCAUGGCUCUCUCCGCUCUAUUCACCGCCUUCUUCUCCCCCAACAUCUGGAUUUAUUCCGCCCUUAGAUUCAUCGGAGGGUUAGGCCGCGCCACCAUCGGGACGUGCGCUCUAGUCCUCUCGACGGAGCUCGUCGGGAGGAGGUUGCGGGGCCAGGUCGGCGUCAUGGGGUUCGUGCUCUUCACUCUAGGGUUUCUGUCCUUACCAGCCAUGGCUUAUGCAAAUAGAGGCUCUUCAUGGAGAAAUCUUUACAUUUGGACUUCUAUCCCUGCAAUCUUCUACUCUUUGGCGGUUCAUUUCUUAGUUUGUGAGUCUCCGAGAUGGCUUUUCGUCCGAGGACGCAAAGAAGAAGCCGUGAAAAGCAUGGCACAAAUCAGCAACGACCAAAAUAUUAUUAUGAGCUUCCCAAGCAAUAUGGCUUUCGAACAAGAGACUUGGAACGUGGAUCUUUACUCGGCAAUCAAGAUCUUGGUAGAGAGAAAAUGGGCUUUUCGGAGAUUAUCCACGGUAAUGGCAAUCGGUUUCGGGAUCGGAAUGGUGUAUUACGGAAUGCCAUUAGCUCUGGGAGACUUGGAUUUCAAUCUCUACUUGAGUGUUGUUUUCAACGCCUUAUCUGAACUCCCUUCUUCCUUUGUAACUUUCUUUCUUGUGGAGAAAGUUAACAGGAAAAGCUCGCUUCUAUUCUUCACUAGUCUAAGCGGAAUUUGCAGCGUAAUGUCCGUGUUGAGAGGAAAGUUGAUAUUUACAAGGCUACAGAUUGGAUUUGAGCUAUUGUCGUUUUUCAGCGCUUGUACGGCUGCCGAAAUGCUUAUGAUCUUCACAAUCGAGUUUUUCCCCACUUGCGUUCGGAACUCAGCGGUGGCGAUGUUGAGGCAAGCGCUGGUGUUUGGAGGAGUAUUCAGCCCGGUUCUUGCAGCCGCCGGGAGAAGGUCAGAUGGUUUUGUGUCGUAUGUUGUGUUUGGGAUAGUAAUAGGGUGUUUUGGUUUGUUUGUCGUUUGUUUACCGGAGACAAGAGGGACAGCAAUUUGUGAUACUAUGGAUGAAGAAGAGAAUAAAGACAAAAUUAACGCUAGUCGUAUUAGUGAUCGUGGGAUUCUAACAACUUGA